AGUAAGUGAUUCAGUUCAGUUCGUUCACCCAGAUGAUUCGUUUGUUUUGAACGAAUCGUUCAUGACGACACAUCACUACUUUUAUUGGGAUCAAAGGUUUUCCGUCGCAUAGCCUGAAUGUGUUUGCAGAUUCUCAAGAAGUUGAUGAGAAACAUAAAUGUUUGAAGUUGGACGAAGCUGAAGACUUCACAGGUCACAAUGAAGACUCUGGUGUUUGUGUCUCUCGUGGGAUUAUUCCUCCACGACACGACGGCAGAGAUGCACUCUUAUAAGUUUUUCUUCACGGCGUCUUCUGAAGUCACAAACUUCCCAGAGUUUGUGGCUGUUGGGAUGGUUGAUGAUAUUCAGAUAGGACACUACGACAGUAACACCAAAAGAGCAGAACCCAAACAGGACUGGAUGAAGAAAGUCACAGAAGACGAAGCUGAAUACUGGGAGUGGCUCACUCAGAGAGCUGUGGUUAACCAGCAGAGAUUCAAAGUCGACCUUGACACUUUCAAGCAGCGCUUCAACCAAACUGGAGACGCUCGCCGUGCAGCGUGGAGGAGAUUGGGC